CAACUAACCCAAAGUCACAAGCCAAUCAUCAUUACCAACUGGGACCCGAACUCAAAAUGAAGCUUUCCAAAGUCAUUCCGGCUCUCUUCCACUUGUCUCUUUCCGCCACCUGCUAUGCAGCAAAAUCAUUCUCCGCUUCGAAUCUUUACUAUGCUGCUGGCCUGAAUACCCAGCAACAGACCACGUUGUUUCAAGGCCUCCAGAGCGCUGGUAUCAAAGUCCUACGAGUAUGGCUUGACGGUCAAUCGGGAAGCGAGAAAGGCACAACCUUGGAGGACUUCAACAGCCUCCAGGGCGAUGGUCCUGAUGCGUGGGAUGACACUGUGCUCAGCCGCCUCGACAACUUUAUGGUCCACGCCCAUGAGUACGGCAUCAAGCUACUCGUCUCUAUUCACAGUUACAACGCUCUCGAAGGAAACUCUGACUUUUAUGGAAAGUGGUAUGGAACAGGGGACUUUUAUACUAAUAACGAAGCGAUCGGGCAUUUCAAGACGCGCAUCGCUCACGUUCUUGGACAUGUCAAUACCAACAAUGGCAAGACCUGGGCCCAAAGCCCCGAGUACAUCUUUGCCUUUGAGGCUCAAAAAGAAGCCAUGCAUCCACAAGGGAACACAUCCGAUCUAGCGUCAUGGCAAUGCACGAUGGCAGAGGCAAUCAAGCAGAACCUUAACGGAAGUACCGAUAUCCUGGUCACUACCGGAGGCGGUGCCUACGUCGACAAUUCUCUGCUCGACCCCUACUUCAGCUGCAGUGCCCUAGACGUCCUUGCCAUCCACGCCUACGGAGUCGAUGAUUUCGCCACUUCAAAGCUUCAGCCUUACGUCACCAAGGCCAAGAACUCUGGGAAGAAACUCAUUAUGCAGGAAUGGGGUGCGUGUUACACAGAUGCCCCGAACCAUAACUGCAACGGCGGUAGCCCCAUUGGUACAGGAACCAGAGACUCCAACAUCCGUACGUGGGCUGCUAGUAUUGAUGCUGCCGGAAUUCCGUGGUUCUACUGGCAGAUACUGCCUAACCCUGACCCUCAUCACGGCUGGGACUACGAGGUGGGAAUCGAUGAUGUGAACUGGGGUGCGCUCAAGGCGGCUGGUCUCGCUGCCGGCCAGGCGGAGUCUGCUUUCGACUUUGACCGCUUUCUCUUGUGAUGGGUAUUCGUAUCCGGUAACAAAGUGAAAAGUCGGUGCAGUAUCUGUCAGUCAUACAACAAAUAGCCAAGAUGCUUGCACUACAAGAAGCCUCCUUCUGAAGUUUACUGUCAGAUAGAGGUCGAUAUGAUGCCGAAAACGGGGAAACCCAGACAGGGACCUAGCGCGUGUAAAUAGGCUGGCGUCCAGGCCUUUCUGCGCCAAAGUUUGCCCAGGGUACAUAGCAGCAGCAUCGUAGUGCAUAUCAAACCCUUCU